CCGCACCGCCACACAGGAGCCGAUCAGCCGCCUCCAAACAGCUCAUCCUCUACUCUAAAGCACGUUCAUUUUUACGCUUCCUUUAUCUAUACUGACAUUUCCAGAUUUUCUACACACUGUUGCGCGUUAUCUGACAGAACCGUCCUCAUCCUCCCUGAUUAUCCGCCAGCAGUUUAUCGGAAAUUACCAAGGAGUUGUGACUCCCGAGCGCAAGGCGGCAUCGUGGCUCUGUCAGAAGUGGCAUGUUCGAGGGAUACUGCGGACACAAAUGAACUCCUGCUUUCACCCAAAGAGGAUUCAAUGAAAAUGUCUGUGUGUGUCCAUGAGAACCGGAAAUCCCGAGCCAGCACCGGCUCGAUGAACAUCUACCUGUUCCACAAGUCCUCCUAUGCGGACAGUGUGCUGAUGCACCUCAACUCUCUGCGGCAGCAGCGGCUCUUCACAGACGUCCUGCUUCAUGCGGGGAGCCGCUCUUUCCCAUGCCACCGCGCCGUGCUGGCCGCCUGCAGCCGCUACUUUGAGGCCAUGUUCAGCGGCGGGCUGAGGGAGAGUCAGGCCAGCGAGGUCGACUUCCGUGACUCCCUUCACCCGGAGGUGUUAGAGCUUCUGCUGGAUUACGCCUACUCAUCACGUGUGGUCAUCAAUGAGGAAAACGCAGAGUCUCUACUGGAGGCUGGGGACAUGCUGGAGUUUCAGGACAUCCGGGAUGCCUGCGCUGAAUUCCUGGAGAGAAACCUGCACCCGUCUAACUGCCUUGGCAUGCUGUUGCUGUCUGACGCCCACCAGUGCAUCAAGCUGUCAGAGCUCUCCUGGGGAAUGUGCCUCAGCAACUUCCCCACUAUUUGCAAGACAGAGGACUUCCUCCAACUGCCCAAAGAUAUGGUGGUGCAGCUUUUGUCCCAUGAGGAGCUAGAGACAGAAGAUGAGAGACUGGUCUAUGAGGCGGCCCUUAACUGGAUCAACUACGACCUGGAAAAGAGGCACUGCCACCUUCCAGAGCUCCUGAGAACGGUCCGCCUGGCCCUGCUGCCCGCCAUCUUUCUCAUGGAGAACGUUUCUACAGAAGAGCUGAUCAACGCCCAGCCUAAGAGCAAGGAGCUGGUGGAUGAAGCUAUCCGCUGUAAGCUGAAGAUCCUGCAGAACGAUGGCGUGGUUAACAGCCCUUGUGCCCGACCAAGGAAGACCAGCCAUGCCCUCUUUCUUCUGGGAGGGCAGACUUUCAUGUGUGACAAGUUGUACCUGGUGGACCAGAAAGCCAAAGAGAUCAUCCCCAAGUCUGACAUCCCCAGCCCCAGGAAGGAGUUCAGCGCCUGCGCCAUUGGCUGUAAUGUGUACAUCAGCGGUGGCAGAGGUUCAGAGAAUGGUGUAUCCAAAGAUGUGUGGGUCUAUGACACCGUCCAAGAGGAAUGGUCGAAGGCGGCACCCAUGCUCAUUGCCAGGUUUGGCCAUGGCUCUGCGGAGCUGAAACACUGCCUCUACGUGGUGGGAGGCCACACAGCUGCCACCGGCUGCCUUCCAGCCUCUCCAUCGGUAUCUCUCAAACAGGUGGAGCAGUUCGACCCAGUGGCGAACAAGUGGACAAUGGUGGCUCCUUUGAGAGAGGGUGUGAGCAAUGCAGCGGUGGUCAGCGUCAAGCUCAAGCUCUUUGCCUUCGGGGGAACCAGCGUCACCCACGACAAGCUGCCCAAGGUGCAGUGCUACGAUCCGCAGGAGAACCGAUGGUCUGUACCCGCGUCCUGCCCGCAGCCCUGGCGCUACACAGCCGCUGCCGUGCUGGGAAACCAGAUCUUCGUCAUGGGCGGGGACACAGAGUUCUCUGCAUGCUCGGCUUAUAAGUUCAGCAGUGACAGCUACCAGUGGACUAAAGUUGGCGACGUGACGGCCAAGCGCAUGAGCUGCCAGGCUGUGGCGUCGGGAAAUAAACUGUACGUUGUGGGUGGGUACUUUGGCACACAGCGGUGUAAAACUCUGGACUGCUAUGACCCCACGCUGGAUGCUUGGAACAGCAUCACUACUGUGCCAUACUCACUCAUUCCCACUGCUUUCGUCAGCACCUGGAAGCAUCUGCCCGCUUGAGCCCCAAAACCCUCUUCCUACACCCUCUCAAUGAGAUUUCCCUGUUUUGCAUCAUUUACUGGACUCCAACUGUGAAGAAGCACACAUCCUCUUCCUCUAGAAGAGAAACUAAGCAGUGAUGUACAGACACCCGCAUUCAUCUUGUUGUCGCAGAAGAGGCAGAAACUGGACAAUAGCUGGACACUUUCACUGGAAUGAUGUCGUCCUUCAUUUCCGAGAAAGAAGCUGAGGCAUACAGUAGCUCGCGUAAACAAAAUUCUGCUUGCUACAUGAGGCACAAACUACCACCUUGUGUACAUAUGGCAUAUCAGACUCCUGCUUCCAUGCUGCCAUAGAGGACUGCAAACAUAACACAGCCUGCAUUUCUCCCAUUUAGUCAUGACAGGCUUGUGCGGAUCUGUAUUGAUGUUUUUCUCCAUGAUAAAAAAAGAAGAAAAAGAAUACUCUAUUCAUCGAGGCUGCAAUGUAUAGCAUGAUGGAUGUUCUACUUAGAUUGAGGGAUGGAGAAUGCAAUGUUGGUGUGCUGAGGAACUGACUGAAUAUAGCUGAUUUAAAAAA